UAGAGACCCAUGUAAUUGAAUUGAAUGUACAGACAAUAUUUAAAACGUCUUCUAAAAGAGGAAAAUGAAUAGACUGUGUUGUUAUUUACAGAGAGAUCGACUUACUGAGGAAAUCAGCACUUGAUUCUAUAAUAAAACCUCGAGACAUAGAUGAAAUACAUGUCCGCUGUAAAAGAUGUAUAGAUUCGUGCUACAGAAAUCCUUUACAGUGCCAGGUGUUAGUAAUGUAUGGCACAUUUCCCGUGUAACAUCAGACCGGGUCUGGAUCAGUGAUGGUUACAAUCUCAUCCUGACAAAUACAACAGGUGAAGAACUAGAUCAUCUGAAAGAAAUAGCUAGCGAUUGGGGAGGACAUACUGUGAACUCCGACGGUGAUUUAAUUUAUAUAGACAGUGCGUAUACCAUCAAUAAGCUGUCUACAGAGAACAAAGUAAAAACUUCAAUAAUAAAGUACAACAACACAGUAUCAUGGAGACCACAGUGUGUCUACAGCUCUCCCUCCACUGGAGACCUGCUGGUCGGGAUGUGUUCUGGAUUUAUGGAAGGCAAGGUAAUGCGAUACGAAUCCACAGGCGAAAACAUCCAGACCAUACAGCACGACAACAACACAGGUUAUAGACUGUAUAGCAAUCCUAGAUACAUCACAGAGAACCGUAAUGGAGAUAUUAUUGUUUCUGACUAUCGGCGUCGGGCUGUAGUGGUGACAGAUCGUGAAGGGAGGUAUCGCUUCUCCUACACAAGGCUAUUACCAGGUGGAAUCUGUACAGACGCGUCAUCAGACAUUCUUAUCUGUGAUUAUAACACCUGGUCAGUACUGAUAUUGGACAGAGACGGUAACUACCUGACACGGAUAAAGACAUCACCACAAGGGAUAGACAGACCAUACAGCCUGAGUUAUGAUCAUAAAACCCACCUACUGUGGGUAGGGUCGUGGUACAACGACAGAAUCAACAUAUACAGAGUUGUAUAUAAGUACUCUUUGAUCGGCCACCCAAAAUGCAAAGAACAUCUCGGAGGUACGGUGAAAGAGGUUUGUGUUCCGUGUGAGGUUCCCUUGUGUGAGGAAUGCACAUUGUCAGAAGAUCAUAGAGGUCAUGACUGUAGAGAUGUGAGGAGAAGCUUGGAGGAGGUUCUCACACAGAUAGAUGGUGAUGCGGUUUUGAUGUGCCUUCUUCUCAGCAAAUUAUACAGAAUCAAUCUAAAAGGGGGACUUUGGAUUGAGAAGUACAAUGCUGUUGCAGAAAGUUUCAAUUUCAAGGAAAUCACGACCGAAUCAAGUCCUGUCAAUUUGGAAAAAAUAGCCCAAUGUUUAAAUAUAACAAUUCAGAAAUAAUGUUUUCUCAUGAA